AUGCAUAUUGCACAUUUUUUCCGGUCCAAAAGUUUGCUCGCACACACUCAAAUGUCAACAACAUUGCCAAUUGUACGCAACUGGGUUGGUGAGCUGUGGGAUUGGCCAUUGCAAUGUUCGGAUGGUGUGGUGAGAGUGACGAAUACGAGAGAUAAAUUCGAGGUUGGACUCGACGUGCAGUACUUUGCACCAAAUGAAAUUGAGGUGAAAGUGAGCGGUCAAGAGAUAAUAAUAAACUGUCGACAUGAACUUCGUCCGGAUUCAGUUGGUACGGUAGCACGUGAGGUUCAUCGUAAUUACAAACUGCCUGAAGAUGUCGAUGCCAGCACUUUGGAGUCACAUCUUUCGUCGAGAGGAGUGCUCACGAUCACUGCUGACAAAAUAUGA